UUCCAUAGUAUCAACUCCUUAACCUUGGGGUUUAAUAUGUAUUGGAGGCCUUUUUGCCUUAAAUUACACUGUCCAAUCACUAUCAAAAUCACAAUUAUGAUGAAGAAAGCACGUUCAGCAUUCAGUAGUCAUCAACUAGCAAUCCGGAUACCAAUUCUCCAGAAGAUAAUCUCCUCUUGUUUUAACUUCAUAGCACUCAGAUCGUGUCCAGGUAUCAAGAAUGCAUUAUUAUGCGUGGAUAGUAUUGCUUCAUGUUUUAUGCAGAGGGCCAAGGAGAAAGGUUGUGAGACUUCGACACAUCCAACCUUGGAUGGUGCUGCUAUGGAGACAGAGUGGUGUUCGGUGUGUUUGUCAAAAGUAAUGGAGAGAGAGGAAGCGCGAGUUCUUCCUUGCCAACACGAGGUUCACAAGAUAUGCGUCGAGAGGUGGUUCCAUGAUUGCCAGAAACAGAAAACUUGUCCAAUUUGUCGGUUUUGGAUGAGAGAUGAGGAUGUUCAGACUACAGAAGUGCUUACAGAGGAGAUGGUAAUCUGGUUCACUUGUUUUCAGGUUAUUAUAGUCUGGGUUACAAUAAUCUAUGUUUGGGGUGCAGAUUAUUAUAAUAGCCGGAUAUAACAAUAUGUAAAUUAAAUGCAUGUUAUCUUAGGGGGCAUUUGGGGCACUGAGUAGGUUAUAAUAGUAUGUGUUUGGGGUACAGAUUAUUGUGUUUGGAUUGCAGGUUAUUAUAGUUUGUGGUAUAUUAGUUUGUGUUUGGUGUGCAGGUUAUUAUAGUAUGUGGUAUAAUAGUUUGUGUUUGUUGUGCAGGUUAUUAUAGUCUAGGUUACAAUAAUCUAUGUUCGGGGUGUAGAUUAUUAUAAUAGUCGGUUAUAAUAGUAUGUAAAUUAAAUGCAUGUUAUCUUAGUAUAUAUCACAAUUAAUUCUACUUUUCCGUAUAUAAAAGGAAAAAAAUUAAAUGAAAAUAUCAUAUUUUCAUGAAGCUAAAUAAAAUUGUUUGUUCCACUAAUUUGUAUAAAAUGUGUUGAACAUUGCAUUGUCCCCAUUCCAUCAAUUUUAACCUUGUUUGAUGUAUCAAA